GACGAUCCCUGGUGUGGACCGGAGACUCCAGGCUCAGCGGACUCACUGGAGCACGGACUCUGCAGUCACCGGUUAGGCCGGUGCCCUUCCUUGGUAACUCCUUCCUGGCGUGACGCGCGGAGCCACCGAGGUGGCGGGGCCGGGCUGCCUUAAAGAUCUGUCAAUUCCUCUGCGUUCCGGGUUCCCCCUGGGCCCUGGAGGAACCUGGAGCCAUUGGGCCAGGCCCAGGGCUCUCGGGGGCCGGAGAGCUGUGACCUCCGGCGGGAGCUCGAGGCGGGGUGCUCAGACGUAGAGAGUGUGGCCCUGGGAGCGACCGCCUGGUCCAGGGGACUCUGUGGGCUGUAGCCUACCUGUUGGACUGGAUUCUGCUGGCCCCGAGGCCAGCAGGGUCAGCGAAAACGCUUCACUGGCCCCCGCCUUUGCGCCCGCCUGCGGAAAGCGACUGGCGCGCUGGAACCAGGCAGUGCUUGCCCUGCGUGGUCGAGAGAACGUUUGAUCACCGAGUGCCAGGUAUCGAUUGUUGACCGGCGCCCAGCAAAUCCUUGCGUACGCCGGACUCCCGAGAUCCUUGCAAGCCCUGGAAAGGAAGAGAAAUGGAAGUGAAAAAGUUGAGCAUUUCCUGGCAGUUCUUGAUAGUUCUGGUUCUGAUCCUGCAAAAUCUGUCUGCGUUGGAUUUUGACCCAUACAGAAUCCUAGGGGUGAGCCGAACAGCCAGUCAGGCCGAUAUUAAAAAGGCUUAUAAGAAGCUCGCCCGGGAAUGGCACCCUGACAAAAACAAGGAUCCUGGAGCAGAAGACAAGUUCAUUCAAAUUAGCAAAGCUUAUGAGAUUCUUUCCAAUGAAGAGAAGAGAUCAAAUUAUGAUCACUAUGGUGAUGCCGGAGAUAACCAGGGCUACCAGAAACAACAACAGCAGCGAGAGUAUCGCUUUCGUCAUUUCCAUGAAAAUUUUUAUUUUGAUGAGUCAUUUUUUAAUUUCCCUUUUAACUCUGAGCGGCGGGAUUCAAGUGACGAAAAGUAUUUGUUGCACUUUUACCAUUACGUGAACGAAGUGGUUCCAGAUAGCUUCAAGAAGCCCUACCUCAUUAAGAUCACCUCUGAUUGGUGCUUUAGCUGUAUCCACAUCGAGCCCGUUUGGAAAGAAGUGGUUCAGGAACUGGAAGGAUUGGGUGUGGGAAUUGGUGUGGUGCAUGCUGGGUAUGAGAGACGCCUGGCCCAUCACCUGGGGGCACACAGCACUCCCACCAUCCUAGGAAUCAUCAAUGGGAAAGUCUCCUUCUUCCAUAAUGCAGUGUUCCGUGAGAACCUACUUGACUUUGUGGAGAGUCUUCUCCCAGGGAACCUGGUGGAGAAAGUUACAAAUAAAAAUUAUGUCCGAUUCCUUUCUGGCUGGCAGCAAGAGAAUAAACCACAUGUCCUUCUCUUUGAUCAAAUGCCCGCUGUCCCUCUGCUAUAUAAGUUGAUUGCUUUUGCAUACAAAGAUUAUUUGUCCUUUGGCUAUGUGCACGUCGGUUUGAGAGGGGUGGAGGAAAUGACAAGACAAUACAACAUCAAUGUUCACGCCCCCACCAUCUUGAUCUUUAAAGAACACAUAAACCAGCCCGCAGAUGCCAUGCAGGCCCGAGAUAUGAAGAAACAGCUCAUCGAGGACUUCAUCAGCCAAAAUAAGUAUCUGCUGGCAGCCAGGCUUACCAGCCAGAAGUUAUUCCACGAACUCUGCCCUGUGAAACGGUCUCACCGACAGAGGAAGUACUGCGUGGUCUUGGUCACGCCCGAGUCCGCCAAGUCGAGUAAGCCCUUUGAGGCCUUCCUAUCUUUCGCUCUGGCCAACACUCAAGACACAGUGAGGUUCGUGCACGUCUACAGCAACCGCCAGCAGGAGUUCGCCAGCUCCUUGCUCCCGGACGAUGCUGCAUGGCAAGGGAAGUCCGCGGUGUCUAUCUUAGAAAGGCGCAACACAGCAGGAAAGGUGGCCUACAGGACCCUGGAGGACCCCUGGACAGGGAGUGAGAGCGACAAAUUCAUCCUCUUGGGUCACCUCAACCAGCUGCGGAAAGACGCAACUCUGCUGUCCUCCGAGGCCGUGCUCCCCGACCUGACGGAUGAACUCGCUCCUAUUUUUCUCCUUCGGUGGCUCUACUCUGCUUCUGACUACAUCUCAGACUGCUGGGACAGCAUUUUCCACAACAACUGGCGGGAGCUGAUGCCACUGCUGUCUCUGAUCUUCUCUGCCCUCUUCAUCCUCUUUGGCACUGUCAUCGUGCAGGCUUUCAGUGAUUCCAAUGAUGAGAGAGAGUCAAACCCUCCAAAUAAAGAAGAAACACGUGAGAAGGCCGGGAAGACGGAGCCCAAUUUCAGAGAAAACAACAGCAAGGCUCCUAAGAAAGGCUUCGUGGAGGUGACUGAGCUCACAGAUGUGACGUACACCAGCAACCUGGUCCGCCUGCGGCCAGGCCACAUGAACGUCGUCCUCAUCCUGUCCAACGCCACCAAGACCAGCCUGCUCCAGAAAUUUGCUUUGGAGGUCUACUCGUUCACUGGGAGCAACUGCUUGCACUUCUCCUUCCUGAGUCUGGAUAAACACAGAGAGUGGCUGGAAUACUUACUGGAAUUCGCUCAAGACGCAGCCCCAAUCCCAAACCAGUAUGAUAAGCAUUUUAUGGAACGCGACUACACUGGCUAUGUGCUGGCCCUGAACGGCCACAAGAAGUACUUCUGUCUCUUCAAACCCCAAAAAACAGUGGAAGAGGAGGAGGCCCUGGGGUCCUGCAGUGACCCGGACCCUUCGCUGCACCUGGGUGAAUCUCGGGGGAAAUCUGCUUUUGGCUCCGGAUCCAAGCCCAUCAAAGAGAAACUGAACAAGUUGUCCUUAUGGAUGGAACGCCUGUUGGAAGGCUCCUUACAGAGGUUUUAUAUCCCCUCGUGGCCUGAACUAGACUGAGAGAAUCCAAACAGACUCAAACUCUUUAGACUUUUUACCUGAGAAACGGUAUUUUUCAGGACUCAGUUACAACGGACAAAGUAUAGAUUUUUAGAUGAUUCUUCUAGAGCAACUCGAAGAAUCUGUCCUCUGUCCUGUUCCAGGAGUGAAAAACGCCACCCACAAAUUCAGUUCCUGAGAUUCAACUAUUUUCGUCUGGUUUCUUUUUGCCCCCUCACUUGAAUGCCACCCUAUUUAAAAAAUCAACUCUUCAUUUCCCCUCUUCCUUUGCUGUCCCUGCCACGUGCUCACCCAACCCUCCCCUGCUCUGUCUGCGCUGUGGGAGAAGCUGGGGGCUGUGUGGGGGUCCCCCCUCCCCCGUGCCCACCUCACCCCUGCUCUGCUCCGACCACUCCCGGCAGCUUGAGGGCCUUGCAUCUUGAAAGAGGCCUAGUUCAAGCCCUCGUUACACUGAACGGUUUUUCUGGGAGUAAGUGGCCAAGAAUAUAUUUGGGGGGUAUCCCCCUACCACAGUUUUGUCAGCCAGUUUUAGAAGGAUUGGGAUGAGCAGGAGCUCUGCACGGGGGGUUGGUUUUUUUCCCAGAAAAGAGGUGAGAGCCAGGCAGUACCUGCGUGAGCCCCUGUGAACUGCCCCUCCAGGCCUCCCUGGCACCCUAUGUUGCUGGGGGAGGGUGCCAUGGGCCAGAAGUACUGUAAUGACUUUGAGCCAUGUAUGCGUGCGUUUUCCGAUGCCUUUCUGCCUCUGUCACUUUUAGGGUGUGGAUAUUAGGAGCCAUAACUUGGUGACCUUGUUUUCUGAACAUUUAGGUAAGCUGCUAUAAGCCCUUAGAUGUUAAACUGAAAACAUGUUCUCGCCACUGCCGUGAAGAACCUCUUCACUCCCGUGGUGUCGCUUUAGUCAAAUACCAGACAUGUCUUUGUAUCAAGGAAUUUAAAAUUUCUCAACACAUGUAUUUUGAACCCCCAAGUUCUGUAUCUUCGAGUCCUGUUUUGUGAUAAGUGAACCAAGACCUGUUCCCGACUCUUAUUUUGCACACGGUUGACUUUGAGCUUCUGGCUUCUAUUUCGGUGUCCCACAUUGUUUUCUCUCUUACCUUCCCACUGCUUCUGGUACCAGUUACAGGGUCUGAUCUGUCCGCACCCAGCCUGCUGAGCUCCAGUCUCCAAUGGAUCCAGCCUGCCUCCACCGACCAGCUAGAGGGGCCUACCAUGUCUCUGUGAGGCAGGACCACCAGCGGAGUUUGGACAUCUUCAAAGAGCCAUCUGUUUAAAUAUCAGAGCAAAUUGUCCUUUUGUAAUGUAAAGAGUUAAAAUCAGCAGCAGUAGGAUACUUACUAAGUUCUUUCAUCAUAAUUGCUCUAAGCGAAACCAUUUCGAUCCUAUAUAAUUAAAAUGUGCUACAGUAGGGAUUUAUCGAACUUCUUGAUGUGCAAGUCCUCAAAAUUAUCUUUUGGUUCAGUGCGAGACUUUAUUUUUAAUUUCUGGUACAAAAUGGAAUUCCUCAGCCAAAUUUCCAAAAAUCAAAAACUCCCUUGAUUUGCUCAUCUGUGAACAUUUUAUACUAAAAUCGAAGGUGUCUUCCCACAGUGGAACCUUCCAUUUUUACUAAGCAAGGGAAGUCAUUACAGGAUUGAUGAUAAUGCUGGCAAAUAUUUCAGGAAGUGAAAUAUUCUGUAGGAGGGGUUGGGGAAGUGGCCCCAUGCUACAGUGUGUGUUUCACAUAUCUGAGGCUCCAAGAUCAAUCUCUGGGAAAAGAAAAUAAAACCUACAGAUCUGCUUGAGGGCAGGCAGGUAUGCAUCCAAGAAGGUAUUAGGGGCUUUCAUUUUAAUUAGAACUUAACUCUUGAUCACUGGAGCUUUUGCUCUUAAAUAUUGCUUCCAUGAAUCUGUUUACUUGCGUGUCAAAUGUACGAGCCAUUGUCAGUUCUGCCAAUGCCACCUUCCUUCUGACAGAUGUACUCACACACACACACCCAGUCUUUGGUUUUAAGUUAGUAUCCUAGUCUUUGAAUGUCUUGAAACAGGUACCAUUGAUAUUUCAGAGGUAGGUUUUUCUGGUUGAUACAGAUUAGACUAUGCUCCAUGUUUAGCAGAGGAGAACAAACACUGGCCUGAACCAAGUCUUGGUAGAAAACAUGCCCAUCUGAAAAACAUUAUCUAAUUCCCCAUGUGGUGGCACAGCCUGUGGGACACGCGUCAGCACCUCCAACUACGAAGCACUCCUGUGACUACGACUGCCCUAAUUUAAAGGCCCGGGGUCUCACUGCUAUCUCGGCAACCACAUGCACGGCGGGCUGUGGUUUUUAACGAAUACACUGAUUUCCUCUUUCAGUACAUAAAUGUUUUCCUGAUACAAAAGGAAUUAGGAUCUCCGUGUGCUUUAAAUGAUCUGCUCUGGGGAAAUGGAUCGGAAGCAAACAGGAACAUUUUAUUUUGCAGUGCCAGAGACCACGCCCAGGUCUCCUGCAUGCGGAGAAUGUGCUUUACCACGGAGCCACGUGCCCAGCCUCAAACUGGGUUUUGUUUGUUUUGUUUUCCAAUUAAAAUUUUUAAAAGCUGAUGCAAAACAUCUUUACUCACAUGAAAUAGUGCUCACAUCUAAACUCCCUUGAAAACAAAUGCAGUAUGGCAGCUGCUAAAACUGUCAAGUUUGUCAAAGGUGAUAACUGUACUCUAGAGACAGAUCUGAAAAGAAGGUGAAUAUUUUGCACUUUUGAUACUCUUAGGAACAAAUAACUUAUUUGGCAACUGGUGUCUUUUUUUAUGUUGUUUUUGUUUUGUAUUGUGAACAGUUACUGAAGCUGAUGUUAUUUUAAGAAUAUUACAGACUGGAAACAAAUAAACUAUUUUAAUGUGUGA